CACCAAAACGGCAAGCACCACUACGCUUGCCUUGACUUCUUCACUCACGCUUAUUCUUCUUUGACCGCCAAACUACAUCCCCGCCGUCAGCAGCUCGAGGUAGUACUCGCAAACCCAUUCAUAUCUCUUCUCCCCCAUAUCGGCUUCCACGACUGGACCCAUUACUACUCGACCUGGGUACUUUAUUGCAAACGCCAGAGUCCUCGCUCCCACCAUGCCGAUACGCGUCCCUUCUGCGCACGCGCAAUCUCUCCACACUUCUGAUCGCACAAUACACACGCCCUGCUUCCGUGGCAUGAUCUACACGAGUGUAGCCGACUUAUGCUCCCUUUCACCGCUCCCCCCUCCGCCUUCCAGCACGUGCUGCUUACGAGCAAUGGGCCGUUGAAGCUGCGCCGCCUGGAAGACUCCCCUAUAAGAAGAUCCCUCCGAACCUGUCCGAAGCCGUGGGUUAUGGUAUACACAAGAGGUUGCGAGAUAUUUGGAAACACCACCAACGUUAGCACACUUCGUUCGGUAAAUCACAAGAUGGAAGAACUAGCCAGAGGGAUUGUCAGGUAGACCGUAAGACGAAGAAACUGGCAAGAUGGGUUGCCAGGUAGGUCAUACGGCCGGGUCAAGACCGUACACCCACACUGCCGCAUAAUGACAUUCGAUUUCGAAUUGCCUCACCGUUUAUCACCAGGCUUGCCGAAAGAAUAUCGCCGUACCGUUGUAAUGGCUGUCUCGAAAGCAAUUUAGUACCCAACGUACUCGCCACGACAUGCCGCCCAUUCCAGGAUGACCCAUUCUCUAUGAAGAUACAGCAAGUCCAUGUUUUGGAAUACAAUGCCAAGGUGCACCACUCUGUGACAGUGUCGUCUUCACCGGCACUGACGAUUGCGACAGCUGGCCGUCGGCCACUCGAUGACCGCUGACGCUGGAAGCAUCACGCCCCGAUCAUACAUACAUACAUCCAUGGCCGAAGGAAAAGUUGUAGAGAAACGGCUGUGACGGCUCGGCGGCUAACACGUAUACUCACGCAUAUACAACGACGAUGACGAUGAUGAUGAUAGCGUCUCACUUCACUCAAACGACCCCCAGCGAGCAAACCACGUACAAACGGUCAUACUGCACCACGCACUAACUCAUCAAACCCAACUGCGCACCCAAAUAACCACGCAAUUGAAAAUACAACCACCCGUAUCUGCCCACUUCAGUCAGGGUCACUGCGACCGCAAUCCUCCUCCCCCAUCCUCCCCUGCCACGAUGUCGCCCCAAAUACUAUACCAAGACCAUGAAUACACAGGCCUGAGCUUGAUGAUACCCGAACUGAUAUCCACCUGGCCGGAACGAAUCCGCAGGGUGCUCCGCAAAUCGCUGGAUCGCAACGUCACGGCCGAAACAACGCUGCACCCUAACCCGUUUGUCGUAUUCGAACUCUACGAGACCGUGGACACCGAUGGAUCGACCCUGGAACCAAGAUACUUGGAGACAUAUAAGAAUCUGCAUCUCGCAAACACGGCGGCUGCAAGGAGGUUUCUCUUCGGUGGACCUUGGGAAGCUGGUACCUUUGCCAGUAUGGAUAGCGAGUACGUGGUGGGGCUAAAAGACGACGGCACGAUAUAUCUGGCAAUCGAGAGUGAUGGGAAAGGUAGUCAGGUGACGAGUAUGGCGGUUGCAAUUCGCGGGAUGCUGCUGGAGGAUGGAGAUGAAAGUGACUCCCGGGAUGGAGUGGUGUCGUUGGACGAAUCUACAAGGGAGUGGUGGAGUCUGAUUAUGGGUGCUGUUGACGAAUAUUGCUCUUGGGGCAAACGUUGGUGGUACAGUCCUCUACAUGUAUAUCCAACCUCACUGGCCCACGAUAAAUAUCUCUAUAUUCGAAUGACAUCUCCCUCUACACCAACUCUCUCCUCCUUUAAUCCAACGGAACAAUUUCAACAGUACGAGGGGGUAUCAGCGACCAAUCGAAAAAUCCAACAACAACUCAGAUGCCGCCCAAAGCAAACAUGUCACCCAUCACAUCACCCCUCGACCCUCGCCAUGCCAACCCCACACAAAAACGCAACCCUCACGCCCGCCGGCACCGCCAAACUCACCACAGCAACCCAAUCGACGGGCCUCCACCUCACGACCCUCAGAUUCUCCUCCCCCCUCAUAACCCUCCACCCAGCAACCGCAUGCAGGACAUCGCUGACCAACAGGCCGCACACGACGGCCCUCCAGACGCCGACGUCGCCCGUGCACCGCAGCACCACGGCUUCGACGAACGCGAGGAAUAUGUAG